AUGAAGGCUUUCUAUCUUUCUCUCUGGGCGCUCGCAGGUUCGGCGUCUGCCUACCUUGCCACUACUACCCGUUACUAUGACGGUCAGGAAGGUGCUUGCGGAUGUGGUAGUAGCUCCGGACUCUCCUCAUGGCAGCUCGGCAUCUCAAACGGCGUGUACACCGCCGCCGGAUCUCAAGCCCUCUUCGACACCAACGACUCCUCCUGGUGCGGAGGCGGCUGCGGUAAAUGCUACAACCUGACCUCAACCGGUACCUCUGCCUGCAACGGCUGCGGCGAAGGUGGCGUCGCUGGCGAAAGCAUUAUCGUUAUGGUCACCAACCUCUGCCCUUAUAACGGAAACGAAGUUUGGUGCCCAUCCGUCGGUGCCAAAAACAACUAUGGAUACAGCUACCAUUUCGAUAUCAUGGCCGAAAGCGAAGUCUUCGGUGACAAUGUCGUUGUCAACUUUGAACCCGUCGCUUGCCCCGGUCAGGCUGCUUUGGAUUGGGGGACUUGCGUUUGCCAUGGUCAAACGGACACUGAUACCACCCCGGCUGGAAUGACUGCUGCUGCUGCUGCUGAAUCUGCGGGUACUGUCGCGACUUCGUCGUCUUCUUCGUCUUCCUCGACUUCUACUGUAAAGACUUCUACUACUUUGGUCGCUGUUCCGACCAGUCCCGUGAAAGAGGUUGUUUCCUCAUCGACUUCAUCUACUUCGACCGUCAAGUCAAUCCCGACUGUCGUUGCCGAAUCCUCCCCCGCCGCGGUCGUUGAGCCUACUUCGACAGCAAUCUCAACCCCCCAGGGCGCUGCUACAAUCUCCACAACCUCCGUCACACAAUACACCACCGUCACUGAGAUCGCAACCGUUUGGGUCACUCCAAACCCCAGUGCCACAACCUGCAGCUCCAGUGCUGUCCAGACUUUGUAUGGACAGUGCGGUGGUAUCAACUGGACCGGUGCCACGACCUGUGUAUCCGGCUCAACCUGCAAAGUGCAAAACCCUUACUAUUACCAGUGCGUCAGCUCGGCUUAA